GAAUCUUCUACAUCCAAUUUUCUGAUCUAUAAAAGCUGUCGCCUGUCAGAGUCCUUUGUCAUCGAACGUCUCCAGUUUAGUUGUACGCAGCCAUCACUUGGUAGUCGGAUUCGCUCAUCCUCUUCUCCGUCCGUCUUGGUGGAUUCUCGCUUUCAACGGCACUAUCAUGCGGAGAUACAGUCCACCAUACUACAGUCCUCCAAGGAGGGGAUAUGGAGGAAGGUCAAGGAGCCCUCCGAGGAGGGGGGGCGGCGGUGGGUAUGGGAGGCGCAAAGAGCAGAAUAAUGGGAGCCUCUUGGUUCGGAACAUCCCUCUCGAUUGCAGGCCAGAAGAACUACGUAUUCCCUUUGAGAGAUUUGGCCUCGUUAGGGAUGUAUAUAUUCCAAAGGACUAUUACACAGGGGAACCUCGAGGGUUUGCAUUUGUGCAGUUUGUGGAUUCUUAUGAUGCCAUGGAAGCUCAGCAUCGUAUGAAUGGACAAAUAUUUGCUGGAAGGGAAGUAACUGUGGUUCUUGCUGCACAGACAAGGAAAAGACCUGAGGAGAUGCGCCAUAGAUCUAGGGUUCGAGGAGGCUAUGGAGGAGGGCAAUCAUCAUAUUAUGGGCGUCCUCGAUCUCGUUCAUUGUCCUGUUCGCGCUCCCCACACCGUCGGCCGAGUUCUAGAACUCGGUACCACUCAAGGUCGUACUCUCCUGCCCCGAGGCGGCAGGGAGACUACUCUGUGUCCCCUGGUAGAAGGCAUGCAGACCGCCCUAGAUCGCCCAGAGGUCCUCCACAGGAGGAAGACGGUGCUCACCAUCGCAGGUCAUACUCUCCAGGUUAUCGCAAUGGUGUGGAUGAAAUCCAAAAUGGCAAUGGCCAGAAAUCUGGGUAUGAUUCCGAGGAUGCACGUGCUCGAUUGAUAUCAGCUGGUAGAGUAUCAAGGUCACCUUCAGGAUCCAGAUCUCGAUCUGCUUCCUGAAAAAAGGAAAAAGGGCAAGGCAACAUCAGUGGCAUGAUAGUUUGUACCUGGUUCUCAGUUUCGUAUUGAGAAAGUUUACUAGUUUCCUGUGAAACUCCAAUGUUGUCGUGGCUCUAGGAAGAAAAGUGGAUAUCUUUACCCAGAACCCCAAAAAACAUUAUCUGUUUAAUUUUCCCUUAAUGCUCUGAGUUUGCGAUA